AUGGAUACCGAUCAGUGCGGAGUUCUCCACCCGAACGAGAAGGUUGCUCACUGGAUCAAUAAUGGUAUUGGGCCAACCAGCAGGACAACAGACGCCCAACAACAUGCCAGACAAGCCCAGAACUACAAAGAUCUGAUUGGCGAGCUAUUUAAAUCAAAUGAGUCACACUCUCGUGGCUCGGCGGUAUCCUUCGAUAAGCAGGGCCGAUCUGAUCAAAUGAGAUCCAAAUAA